AGAGGAAGGAUCAUAAAGUAUUUAUAAUUAAUAUUAAAUAAAAUUUUGAAAAUAAAUAGGAAUAAAUAGCAAAAAAUGUCAGCUAAAGUUUUACUUUUAUUAGUAGUUUUUUCUAUAGCCACCUAGUGCUAAUUAGAUGGUGCUUAAUUAAAUAAAGUAAUUGUUGUCUUUAGACAUGGUGCCAGAUACCCAAAUUAUAAUUCCAAUGCUCCUAUCUACAAUACUGACUAGACAAAAACUAAUUCCGGUUAACUAUCACCUGUUGGUGCAAGAUAGCUCUUUUAAUUAGGAAGUUCAUUGAGAAAUGAAUAUUUUACUAAUAAAAAUUUCAUCCCUGAAAAAUUCUAUUCCCCCUAAUUCUAUAUUAGAUCAACUGAUUCUGAUAGAACAAUUAUGUCUGCUUAGAGUUUCAUGGCUGGUCUUUAUCCUGCAGGAACAGGACCUACUAUUUUAAAUAGUAUAACUAGUAAUAAUGAUAAAGCCAAACAUCUUAACCCUCCUUACAGUAACUUAGCAAGCUAGCCAGGUGAUAACAAUUCAGUUACAAAUGCAUAUCAACCAGUACCUAUCAGAACUGUCUAGAAUCAAUAUGAUGGAGCUCUUUUUAUUCAUGGAAACGCUUGCCAAAAUAGUGUUUAAUGGAGAAAUGAUGCUGCAAAUGGACCUUUAUUUAAGGAAUAUAGAUAAUUCUUCGAUUAAUAGUUUUUAGACUUUGAAAAGCUUUUCUCGAAAUAUGGAUUUAAGGCUUCUUCAUCUACUUUAUCUACACUUUAUGACUGGUUAGAUGUCCUUUAAUGUAAUUUAUGGAAUGAUAAUCCUGCUCAAGAUGAUUCAUCAAAAUCUUUUUAUGGAGAUGCUGACUUAUCAAAAAAAAUUAAAGCUGCUGUCCAUCUUUAAUUUUAUUUAAACUUUUUCUUAACUGAAUAACAAAAAAAAGUUGUUCCUACUCCUUUCUUCUCAGAUUUAUUAAAGUAUAUUGGAGAUAGCCACAAGCCUAUAUUCACUGUCCUUUCCGCUCAUGAUACAACUAUCAAUACUGUUUUACAAGGACUUAAUCUUGUCUCUUACGAAUGUGUAAUUGAAUAUAUAAAAAAUGGCUUUAAACCUGUUGAUGGAAAAGUUUGUAUCACUGAAGACACUGACUUUGCUUCUAAUGUCGUUUUUGAAAUUGUAACAAAGGAUAAUAAAAAGUAUAUUUAAGUCAAAUACAAUGGUGAAUACUAAAAGAUUUGUGACUAAUCUUAAACAUACUGUGAAUUGACUGACUUCUAAAAUAGAGUCAAAUCAUUUAUUGUUCCUGACUAUGAUGUAUAAUGUGGCAAUCCUAUUCCUUAAACUUAAACAUAAAAUCCUUAAACCUAAUAAACUGUUGGAGAAAGCGAUAACAGUGCUCCUGGAUGGAGUAUUGCUCUUAUUGUUAUUUUUGGUGUUCUCUUCGGUAUUACUAUGGUCGUAGCUUUCUAUUUCUAUAAGUCUAGUAGAAGAUUUAAAUAGUACAUGUCUGCUAAAUAAGAAAAAGAAAUAACAACUGUCUGA